CGAGACCUGAGAUUUUCGGUUUUUAAUUUAAGCUUUUAAAGGCCGCAAAAAUUUUGAAAGAAAUAGGUUUUCUAUUUGGGCGAUUUCUGUCAUGAAGGAAACCAAGCAGAAAAAACAUCACCAAAAAUCUUCUAAGCACAAGAAAAAAAGUAAGAAGCAGAAGAAAAAGAGACAUGUUGGUUCCAGCUCAAGUGAUUCUGAUUCCCAGGAUUGUGAAAUGGAAUGGGUUGAAGCUUCAUCAUCCCUAACUCAAGCGCAUGCUUAUCAGUCUAAAAACAAGCCAUCUAAGGAGGAGCAAACUAGUUCAGAUUCAAGUGAUUCUGAUUCAGGUGACAUAACUUAUUCUCAAAAACAGGAUGGAAAUGUUUCUCAUAUAAAGAGAGAUGAUUGGAUGAAUGAAGAAAGCUUUGUACCAACUUUGAGUAAAAGUGAGAUGUUUUCAGGAAGCUCACGCCAGAAUAAAAAAGAAAUAGCAAAACUUCAGAGGGAAAAAGAAUUGGUAAUACAACAGUCUAGGGAGCUCAAUCCAUAUAUGAAGACUGGUGAUAAAGGACUUCCAAGUGAAACAUCACAUGCAGAAGACUUACAGUUACCUUCAACAUCCGUGGGGGAUCAUGGGUAUAGUUGGUUGAAAAAAGCUUAUUUGAGGAUUCAAGAACAGGCGCAGGAACAAGGCAGGACUAUGGAGGAAGUGGCAGUCGAGAGAUGGGGGUCUCUUGAUAAAUUGGUAUCAAUGAUAAAGGAAGCUGAAUCAAGAUUAAAUGAACAUUCUAAGUUAAAACACAGAGAAAGAGCAAGGAGAGAAGAGGAAGAAAUAGAAUCUCGAAGAUCAAGAAAAAGUGAUCGUUUUGAAAAACCUGAUGAUAUUUCUCCAAAUCAUAGUCCACAAAGAUCUUUCAAAUUUCAAAAACCAUCCGAAACUAAGCAUCAUCGUAGCAAUUUGCAUUUCAGUAGUUCCAAAAAUCAUAAGAAAUAUGAAAGACAUUAUGAUGACAAUGACAGAGAACGGCAUAGGGAUUCAAGAGAGAAAAGGGAUAAAUAUGAAAGACAUUAUGAUGACGAUGACAAAGAAGGGCAUAAGUAUCCAAAAGAGAAAAGUGAUAAAUAUGAAGACAGGUCAAAUGCGAUUUCAUCUGCAUUUAAUAAGCAUGAUGAUUCUCGGUAUGACCGAAAAAGAGAUAUAAAAUCUUCAUUUCAAAAACCAUCUCAUGAAGAUAAGUUUGAUUAUUCAAUAUUUGAAUCUAAAAAGAAAGAAAGCGGAUCACGGGUUCCUGCAUGGAAAAAGAAAAACUAUGAAGAAUCCAAAAAUUUAGAAAAGGAAGAAUCUAUUCCAAUGAAGGUUUCUGGAAUGAUAGAUCAAAACCUCAAAGAUGAUUUUAAAAGUACAAAACCGGUUUUAAGCAGAGAAUCAGCAGAUGAGUCAUAUUCCCAAAAAUCAUCCAAUAAGGAUAAAUCACCUGUGUUUUACACGAACGAUGAUUUAAGCAAGCUGGCUUCUAAGGUAUUUAAAGCUGAGUUAUUGGGUGACAAGGAAUUGACCUCUAAACUUCAAAAAGAAUUAGAUGAAGCUCGAAAGUUUGUUGUGGAGAGGCCAUUGAGAAAGGCAAAACAAGAGGAAGAAGUAGUUCUGAUGAAAAGAGAUAGCAGUGGACAAGUUCAACCUCUUAGAAUUACCAAUGAUGAUAUGUCUUCUUGUUCACACCAAAAAGGGAAGAAAUCCAAAUUCUUUGAUGAUGGCAGCAAGUACUCUCUGAAACAAAUGUUUGAAAGGGAGAAACUUACAACUGCUGAUGAUAAUCUUGAAAUGUUCAUGGAGGUUGCUGCAGAGUGCAAAGAAGCUACUGAAAUUGAUUAUGAGAUGGAUGAUGUUGCGAAGAAAGUUUCACAGAAAAUGUCUCACAAUCGUCAAGAAGAAAAAGACAUUGGAAAAGCUAUCAGGCAACAUCAAAAACGACAGUCUGCCUUAGAAAAGUGCAUAUACUGCCUAGAUCAACCGAACAUGAAGCAUCAUUUAAUUGCGGACAUUGGUAUAGAAGCUUAUUUAUGUUUACCAAGUUAUCAAUCCAUUGUUGAAGGCCACUGCUUGAUAGUUCCAAAAGUACAUGUAUCAUCGCUUCUUUGCUUAGAUGAAGAUGAAUGGAGAGAGAUUGAGGACUACAAAAGGAGAUUAAGAAACAUGUUCAAGGCAGAACAUAAAUCAGUGGUGUUUCUUGAAACAAGCAUGAAUUUCAGGUAUUGUCCUCAUGCAGUAUUGGAGUGUGUUCCCGUACCUUUUGAAGAUGGAGACAUGGCACCUAUGUAUUUUAAAAAAGCUAUUCAAGAAUCUGAAGCUGAAUGGGCACAUAACAUCAAGUUAGUGGACCUCACCAAAAAGGGCUUACGUAAUUCAGUUCCAAAGAACUUGCCAUACUUUUUUGUGGAAUUUGAUCCAGAAAUUCAUGCUGGGUUCGCCCAUGUGAUUGAAGAUGAGAAAAUGUUUCCCAGGAAUUUUGGAAAGGAAGUUGUUGGUGGAAUGCUUGACAUUGACUACAAUCAUCUGUACAAAAACAAGAAAGAAGAUCCGCUUAAAAAGUCUAAUGAAGUGUUGCUCUUUGGAAAGAAAUGGAAGAAAUAUAAAGAUGAAAGUUGAUGUGUAAAAUCAGCUGCAGAGAGAGUACUGUGU